CAAAUGCCACGUCAUGAUUGGAAAUGGGUCUUUUGCUUCCCAACCAAUCACAUUCAUACUCGUGGACCCCUGUUCUUUUGGUUUCAGGGAAAAAGCCAUGGUGGAAGAGGUUGGUCACAAACUGUCAAAUUGUUCAAUUCAUUUUUGGAUUUCCAUGUUCAGCUAUGAUGUUGUACUAUCACUUUACUACUAAGCUUGGGUGCUCCGGUUUUGGACCUUGGUGCGCUUGUAUUGCUUUUGAUGUUUCGCUUUUGGCACUUUUUCUUGACUUCCACUCCAACAACUAUGGCAAGAACAACAGGAAAGGCCAUGAUAAUAAGCUGGAGAAACAGACAUAAAGUCCGUUCUUCAUAUUUAGCUGCAAGCAACUCUAUUUAGCAUCAUGUACAACCAUGGUUAUUCUGCAGGCUUAUUAGUACUUCCAUUUAUUCACAUCUUUGUUUUUAGAAUGCGAUUCAUUGUCUUGUUCCAAAACGAAUUUAUCUUAUAUUCUUUGACAAUGUAAGUGAAUUUUAACAAUUUGUUUCAAUUUAACAUGAUGUAGAAGAUUUUUUGCCCUAUUUUCACGAUUACUGGUUUCACUUAUUAUUACUAAUUUAGUAGUGA